AUGACAGACCAGUCCGAUCGAGUUGCCGACGGUUUGCAACCCGAUCCUCAGGACGCCCCCGACCCUGCGCUGGAAGAUGAAGCUGUUAACGAACCGACGACUCCUGUGGCUGAAGGCCGUUCCGGCUCUACAAGUCUGGAGGAAAAUCAGCCAAGCGCCGCCCCCGCUGGCCAAGGGCGUAGAGGUGACAGCAAUGAAGGGGCGGAAUCAGAAGACGACGACGACGAAGAAGGAGAAGAAGAAGAAGAUGAUGAUGAUGACGACGACGACGACGAUGACGACGAUGAUGAAGAACCGCGUCUAAAAUAUGCUCGCUUGACACAGAGCUUGAGUGGCUUGUAUCGUAAUGGCGAUGCGACAAGCGCAUUUCUGGUCGGAGGAGACAAAAUGAUUAUUGGGACUCACAACGGUAACAUCAAUGUCAUUCAACUGCCGACUCUACAGCCUCUUCGAGUCUACCAUGCCCAUUCAGCAUCCGUCACCAGCAUCUCGACAUCUCCAUACCCCCCUCCACAGCCACACGACAGCAUGGACACUCCAGCACGGCUUCAGCGCCCUCAGCCCCAAUCAAGUCCGCGGCCGGACGCGUCUCCCGCCAUGGCGUCCAGGAGACCCAAAGAACAAGCGCAACUGCCAAGAAUACCCUCCAACGAGAUCUACAUGGCCACCUCUUCUAUGGACGGCAACGUAUGUGUCCAGUCGCUCCUCGACAUGAAGGACGUUCACUUGCGCAAUUUCGCCCGACCCGUUCAAGCUGUUGCGCUGUCUCCCGAGUUCAAAUCUGACCGUACAUAUCUAUCAGGUGGCUUGGCUGGCCAACUCAUCCUGACGGUGGGCGGUGGCCAAGGAAGAAGUACCUCCACAACAACCGGAACGGCCGUCGCAGCCGCAUCUGGCUGGCUGGGGAGCAUGGGUUUGGGUGCAAACACUGGCAAAGAUACAGUUUUGCACUCGGGAGAAGGUACCAUCAGCAGCAUUAAAUGGUCACUCUCUGGAAAUUAUGUGGCUUGGUUGAACGAAUAUGGGAUCAAGUUUAUGCGCUCGAAGCUUCAUCUGGAGAGCGCUGAAGCGGAGGGAGCAUGGCACCGCAUUGGACAUUGUGAUCGACCGCAAACAGACGAGUGGGAUACCAUGGCGAGCGUGUGGAAAGGUCGACUCGAGUGGAUCGAUGAGCACGCCAUUGAGAUUGAUGAGUCUCGCUCUUCAGGAGGCAGUGCCGUCGCCCCCGUGACCCCGAAUGUCCAAAAGACUAUUGAAAGACUCCUCGUCGGCUGGGGUUCUACUAUUUGGAUUAUUCACGUCCAUCACGGGGCCGGUAGCGGUGGAAGACACGGUCGCGAUAGGCCGUUUGGUCGAGCAGAAGUCGCCAAGAUCCUGCGGAUGGACUGCAUUAUUUCAGGUAUCUCUCUGUACACCCAAAAUACUCUGCUUGUUCUUGCAUUCUGUCCAGCUGGAGAAGGAGAAGAAGAAGACGAUGACGACGAUGACGAUGACGAUGACGAUGGAACAACAGAGAAGCUGGCAGUCCGGGGUCACAAGUCAAGCAUAUCAGCGGGAUCCGCAACAAGUGAACCGUCUGGGGGCAUACGACGUCGCCAGAAUAACCAACCUCCGGAGCUAAGGCUUAUCGAUCUUGAUUCUCAGAUGGAAGUAGAUAAAGAUCGACUCGGCGUAAGCAGGUUUGAGCGGCUGGGCCCGGCUGACUAUCAUCUUGGCAUCCUUCCAGCUCAAGCAGCAGCUACUGCAGUCGCAUCUAGAGGCGCAUUAGAAACCCUUGCUGGCUUCGGCAACGACAUGUGGAAUGCUGCAAUUAAUCCAAAGUCGCUCUUCAGCUCUGGCGCUAGUAUAAUGAGUAAAGAUAGCGGAGAGGACACCGCCUCCGUCUCAAAGACGCUCAGUACGACUGGAGGGCUCCGAAGAGGACAGGGCAAGAGCCCAGGACCCAUCACUAUCCACCCCAGCUUGGCCAAGCCGGGCAUCAAGAUAUUCAUACACAGUCCCUAUGACUGUAUUCUUGGUACCAAGAGAGACCUGGCAGACCACUUGGCUUGGCUCGAUGAGCACGAACAGUACCAACUGGCUUGGGAGCUGUUGGAUGAGAAUCCUGAUAUUAUCACGACAGCACCAGAAAGGUCGGGCGAUGUACCACCGGCAACUCCGUCAAAAGGCCAGGCUGCCGCAGACGAGUUUUUCGAUGGUGACUCGGGCAUCGAGUCCACUCAGCAAGACAUGCAGUCCCACUCCGUCAGGGAGAAGAGACGCAUCGGGGAACUAUGGAUUCAACAACUGAUAGAAAAUGGCAACUGGCGGCGAGCAGGAGAGGUGUGCGCAAAAGUACUUGAUACUCCGGGCAGGUGGGAGAAAUGGGUGUGGACAUUUGCAGGCGCCAAACACUUUGAUGAAAUUACGCCAUACAUUCCGUCACAGACGAUGCGCCCCCCUCUCCCGACGACGAUAUACGAGGUCGUCCUGGGGCAUUACAUCCAGAACGAUAAACCUCGAUUUCGUGAACUACUAGCUCAGUGGUCGACGGACUUGUUUGACGUAAGCACCAUCACGACAGCUUUGGAAAACCAGCUUAAGUUUAGGGAUGUGCAAGAGGACAGCAUCGAGGAUGGAGAGAAGGGUAGGGACUGGUUGAUUGUGAUGGAAAGCCUGGCGCGACUUUACGAAGCCGGCGGGCGACACCGCGAGGCUUUCAAACUCUACAUCAAGCUCCACGACGCUGAUUCAGCCUUCCGUCUUAUACGAGAUCGCCACCUCGCCGAAGCGGUUGCCGAUGACAUUCCGGGCUUCAUUGGUCUGAGAGUAUCUCUGGAAAGAAUGAAGCAAAUGACGGAACAGGACCUUGUAGAGGCAACCUCGGAGGCCAUCACCCUGCUUGUAGACGAGGCACAGCAUGGACUCGUCCGUCCCGACGUCGUUGUCGAGCAGCUCGAGGCCAAGAGGCUGUAUUUAUACCUCUUCUUUUACCUCAAAGGCCUGUGGAGAGGACAGGGCAUCAGGGAACACUCUGCUGAGAAUAUGGAUCGACUCGUUAUGGACAGUCAAUCGUUGGUGGACAGCUAUGCCGAUUUGGCAGUUCGCUUGUUUGCCACAUAUGACAGGCCCCUCUUGAUGGAAUUCCUCAAAUCAUCAACAUCGUAUACUUUUGAAAAGGCUGUGCAAGAGUGCGAGGCAUGUUCAUACCAUGACGAACUGGUGUAUCUGUACUCCAAGACUGGCCAGACGAAGCGGGCCCUGUAUCUGAUUAUCGACCGUCUGAAGAAUGUGCAGAAGGCGAUCGAAUUUGCCAAGGAGCAGGACGAUCCAGACUUGUGGAACGACCUUCUCGAUUACAGUAUGGACAAGCCAAAUUUCAUUCGCGCCCUGCUGGAACAGGUCGGCACCUCCAUAAACCCCAUCACGUUGGUGAGAAGGAUACCCGAGGGCCUCGAGAUCCAAGGUCUCAGAGAAGGUCUGACACACAUGAUGAAGGAGCACGAGCUGCAGCACAGCAUCAGCUCAGGGGUGGCCCAGGUUUUGCGAAGCGAGCUCGCGGCAGCGCAAAACGACUUGAGGUCCGGCCAGCAAAGGGGAAUCAAGUUUGACGUGGUACAAGCCGCAGCAGGCGGUGACAAGCUGCCCCCAACCAUCUCCAGCAAAGCCCAGGCCAUGACGGACAAGGACGUCGGCGACAAGUCGGACAAUGCGACUCUCCAACAAGAUGACGCGACACGACAGCCUGGACGCUGUGCCAGCUGCCACGAGCCAUUCACCGAGCUCGAGAUGGAAACGAUCAUCGGGUUCGCCUGCGGCCAUGUGUUUCACGUCAGCCACUUGCUCGAACUUCUCCACAAGGCAAGAGAAGCAGACACUGAUGUAGGCGGAGCGGUCGGCGAAAAUGGGAGGUACUCUGUCGGCAUGAAGGUCAUGAGAGCCAGGCUACUACGAGACAAGGUUGGAGAGGGUUGUCCAAUUCGCCAUUGA